AUGACCACAGUACUACUCCCUCGGCUUCCCAUUCUGUUUCUUUUGUUCUCAUUGUGUUUCUUGUUUCCUCCAGCUCAGGGAAUACUUCAUAGUUACACAAAACAGAGUCAUUUGCAACCAAUAUCAGGAAUUUCACAACCACCUGCGCCUGCUCCUGAGGUGGAUUCUGGUGGUGACAUUACUAUUUUUAAUGUGCUGUCUUUUGGUGCCAUUGGAAAUGGUGUAACUGAUGACACACAAGCAUUCAAGAUGGCUUGGGAUACUGCUUGCCAAGCUGAAGAAUCAGGGAUUCUUCUUGUUCCUAAGGGCUAUUCCUUCAUGAUGCAAUCUACAAUAUUCACAGGGCCUUGUAACUCUGGCAUAGUAUUUCAGAUUGAUGGGACUAUUAUGCCGCCGGAUGGACCUGAUUCAUGGCCGAAAAAUAAUAGCAAGCGACAAUGGCUGGUUUUCUACAGAAUCAAUGGAAUGUCAUUGCAAGGGGGUGGUGUCAUAGAUGGCAGAGGAGAGAAAUGGUGGAAUCUUCCUUGCAAACCGCAUAAAGGAAUUAAUGGAACAACGCAGCCAGGUGCCUGUGAUAGUCCAGUUGCCAUAAGAUUCUUCAUGAGCUCCAAUUUGACAGUCCAGGGACUUAAAGUUAAGAACAGCCCCCAAUUUCAUGUCCGCUUUGAUGGUUGUCAAAACGUCCAUAUAGAGAUGCUCAACAUAAAAGCGCCUGCUGGAAGUCCCAACACGGAUGGAAUUCACAUUGAGAACACAAACAAUGUCAAAAUAUAUAACUCGGCUGUAUCCAAUGGUGAUGACUGUGUAUCAAUUGGAGCUGGUUCUUAUAAUAUCGAUAUAAAGAACAUAACAUGCGGUCCAAGUCAUGGGAUAAGCAUCGGCAGCCUAGGAGUGCGAAAUUCCCGAGCCUGUGUCUCCAACAUCACAGUGAGUGACUCAGUGAUCAAGCAUUCAGAUAAUGGAGUUCGGAUCAAAACAUGGCAGGGUGGAUCAGGAGCUGUAUCUAAAAUAACCUUCCACAACAUACACAUGGACACCGUCAGAAACCCAAUCAUCAUAGACCAAUACUACUGCCAAACCAAGAACUGCCCCAACCAAACAUCUGCAGUUGUCAUAUCUGAUGUUUUGUACACAAACAUCAAAGGAACCUAUGAUGUGAGAAGCCCACCAAUGCAUUUUGUCUGCAGUGACACUGUCCCAUGCACAAACCUGACACUCUCCGAAGUGGAGCUACUUCCUGCCCAAGGAAACAUUCUGGCAAACCCAGUCUGCUGGAAUGCUUAUGGGACUAUGCAGACAAUUAGUAUUCCACCAGUUUUCUGCUUGUUGGAGGGGAUUCCACAAAUGAUGCAACAGAGUGAUGUUGAUCGGUGUUAACCAAUCUGGACUUGGUGGACCAUUAUGCAGAUCCGAGUAAAUUUAGAUACAUAUAUGUCAAAAGGCAAAAGCAAAAGAAAAAGCAAAAGUACUAUGAAUAUUUAGAUACAUGUCUCUUUAUAUAUUUGCUUAUGCAAAUGAUACGACCGGCUCUUCCACUAGGCACCUUAGGCCCACGGUGGG